ACCAGAUCGAUCCCAUGCUGUCCACUACGCGCCGCCCGCCCCCUCGAGCGCUGACCUUCUCUCUCUCCCUCCCUCUCCUCACUUCUCUUGAACCCGCCUUUGUGCCUUCGUUCUCAUGUCCUUCCGAGUUGAGGGGAUGGCGGAACCGGUGGAUCUCCCGAGUCGCCUGGGGAUUCUCCCCUUCAGGAACAAGGUCCUUUUGCCCGGUGCCAUCAUCCGAAUCCGGUGCACUUCUCCGAGCAGUGUGAUGCUGGUGGAGCAAGAACUGUGGCAGAAGGAGGAGAAGGGUUUGAUCGGUGUGCUUCCUGUCAGGGACACCGAGACAGCAGCGGUUGGUUCGAUGUUAUCUCCAGGUGUGGGUAAUGAUUCUGGAGAGCGGAGACUGAAGGGUCCGGCUGAUGUAUUGGAUUCGCAGAAGCAGGACGGAAAGAACCCGCAAGAGUUGAUUCACUGGCACAACAGGGGAGUUGCUGCAAGAGCUUUACAUCUUUCUAGAGGAGUGGAAAAACCAAGUGGAAGGGUUACAUACAUAGUUGUUCUUGAAGGCUUAUGUAGGUUUAAUGUUCAAGAACUCAGUGCAAGAGGAACCUAUUAUACAGCACGUGUCUCACGUCUUGACAUGACAAAAGCUGAGUUGGAGCAAGCAGAACGGGACCCAGAUCUUAUUUUGUUGUCUCGCCAAUUUAAAGCUACAGCUAUGGAACUAAUUUCCGUUCUGGAGCAGAAGCAAAAAACUGUUGGUCGGACAAAAGUUCUUCUUGAGACAGUUCCUGUGCAUAGGCUGGCAGAUAUAUUUGUUGCUAGUUUUGAAAUAAGCUUUGAGGAACAAUUAUCCAUGUUGGAUUCAGUUGACUUAAAAGUUAGGCUCUCAAAGGCAACUGAAUUAGUGGAUAGACAUUUGCAGUCGAUUCGUGUAGCAGAAAAAAUAACUCAGAAGGUUGAGGGACAAUUGUCAAAAUCACAGAAAGAAUUUCUCCUGCGUCAACAGAUGAGGGCUAUAAAAGAGGAACUUGGUGAUAAUGAUGACGAUGACGAUGAUAUGGCUGCUUUGGAAAGGAAAAUGCAGAGUGCAGGGAUGCCUCCUAAUAUCUGGAAGCAUGCUCAAAGAGAAUUGCGGCGACUGAGAAAAAUGCAGCCUCAGCAACCUGGAUAUAGUAGUUCACGUGUGUACCUCGAACUUCUUGCCAAUCUUCCUUGGCAGAAGGGCAGUGAAGAACAUGAACUUGAUCUCAGAACUGCCAAGGAGCGUCUUGACUGUGAUCAUUAUGGUCUGGUCAAAGUUAAGCAGCGGAUUAUUGAAUAUCUAGCUGUUCGGAAGCUUAAACCUGAUGCCCGAGGCCCAGUGCUUUGUUUUGUUGGCCCUCCUGGUGUUGGAAAGACAUCAUUGGCAUCAUCAAUUGCAACUGCUUUGAACAGAAAGUUUGUUCGGAUAUCUCUUGGUGGUGUCAAGGAUGAGGCUGAUAUCAGAGGUCAUCGAAGGACAUAUGUGGGAAGCAUGCCAGGACGCCUUAUUGAUGGAUUAAAGAGGGUGGCUGUUAACAAUCCAGUUAUGCUGCUUGAUGAAAUUGACAAGACAGGUUCUGAUGUUCGUGGAGAUCCAGCAUCAGCAUUAUUGGAAGUUCUUGACCCAGAACAGAACAAAACGUUCAAUGAUCACUAUUUGAAUGUUCCAUUCGACCUGUCAAAGGUAAUUUUUGUUGCAACUGCAAAUAGGGUUCAGCCUAUUCCUCCAGCACUAUUAGAUAGAAUGGAGGUCAUUGAGCUUCCUGGUUAUACACCUGAAGAAAAGCUAAAAAUAGCAAUCAAGCAUCUUAUACCGCGAGUUCUAGAUCAGCAUGGAUUGAGCUCUGAAUUUCUUCAGAUCCCUGAGGCGAUUGUGAAAAUUAUAAUUCAGAGAUACACUAGAGAAGCUGGUGUGCGGAAUCUUGAAAGAAAAUUAGCUGCCCUAGCUCGUGCAGCAGCUGUCAAGGUUGCCGAGCAAGACUGCACAGUUCAACUUAGCAAAGAUGUGCACCAAGUGACAAGUUCACUACUGGAUGCAAGACUUGCUGGUGGUGCUGAAGUUGAGAUGGAAGUUAUUCCUAUGGCUGUCAACGGCCAGGAGAUAUCAGAUGCUUUCUCAAGUGCCUCUGUCCUGGUUGUAGAUGAGGCUAUGCUGGAAAAAGUGCUUGGGCCUCCUAGGUUUGAUGAUAGAGAAGCCGCAGAACGUGUAGCAACUCCUGGCAUAUCAGUUGGGCUUGUCUGGACAUCCUUCGGUGGAGAGGUUCAAUUUGUUGAAGCCACAGCAAUGGUGGGGAAGGGAGAUUUGCAUCUUACCGGACAACUAGGAGAUGUUAUCAAAGAAUCAGCACAAAUAGCUCUCACAUGGGUAAGAGCAAGAGCAGCAGAUCUGAAGCUGUCAGCUGCUGGUGAAAUCAGUUUGCUGGAAAAUCGAGAUAUUCAUAUACAUUUUCCUGCUGGUGCAGUCCCGAAGGAUGGACCAUCAGCAGGAGUUACUUUGGUAACAUCACUGGUAUCAUUGUUCAGUCAAAGAAAAGUCAGAGCAGAUACUGCAAUGACUGGAGAGAUGACUCUGAGGGGCCUUGUGUUACCUGUUGGUGGUAUCAAAGACAAGGUCUUGGCAGCACAUCGGUAUGGAAUCAAGAGAGUAAUUUUGCCUGAACGCAAUUUGAAAGACUUAGCUGAGGUGCCAUCAGCCAUUCUUGCUGGCAUGGAGGUGCAUGUUGCGCAUAUUGGAUCUGACCUGGAGAUGGUUAUUGCACUGUCGAACCUGGAUCAUCAUAUUGCCUAGGGCAACAUUACAAGGCCCCGUUUAAUAUAUUUUGCUUGUGAAGCGCAUUGAAGAUGUACUGGAACAAGCUUUUGAAGGCGGAUGCCCUUGGAGACAACACUCUAAGUUAUAGCAUUCUCCACUUCUUCGAAAGAAAACACGAUAUUGGACUCAAAGCUGCAUUAGGUUUGCAGAAUCUCAUUGUGGAGAAUGGUGAUUGAACAUUACUCAAGUUCCCUCUGUUGUAUUGAGCAAGAUUUUGAGGAAACUGUUGUCCAUGAUCUGCCACCCAAUCCGUAUCAGUUGGGUGCUGCCGUCUUAUCUAUAUCCAAGCUCGGUAUAAAUGAAGGCAAGUCGAUGCGACUUCUAAAGUGCAUAUCUCGAAAGGGGAGCAUGAAAGAAGUGGCUUUUCCAGUUUUUCUAUUUAAUUAAAAUGGUAAAACAAGCUUAUGUACAUUAUAUGAUUUAACAACCGAAUGCACACUGAUCAAAUUUGCAAGGUAAUUUGGAAUAUCAUGGACUGUA